AUGAGCGGGGAUGCAGCCUCGCAGCGACGCACUGCUCUCGUCCUCUACGGCUCCGAAACUGGCAAUGCACAGGAUGUCGCCGAGGAGCUCGGUGCGAUGGUCGAGCGGCUCCAUUUCACCACCCACGUUUCUGAGUUAAACCACGUUAAGCCGGAAUCGUUGAGGUCGUACACAAUUGUUGUCUUUUCGGUGUCAACUACUGGCCAGGGAGAUCUGCCUGCUAAUGCGAGGACGUUCUGGAAGUCGCUGCUUUUGAAGAAGUUGCCGGCGACUUUCCUGAGUGGGGUCAGCUUUUCAUGGUUUGGGCUGGGUGAUAGCUCGUACCCCAAGUUCAAUUGGGCGGCGCGCAAACUAUACAAGAGAUUGCUGCAGCUGGGUGCGGAUGAGAUUCACUCUGGUGGGGAGGCAGACCAGCAGCAUCCCGAGGGAUAUCCUCUUCCUGAAGGACAGGAUCCGAUACCGGAGGAUGUUCAACUGCCACCAAAAUGGGUUCUACAAUUACAAGAGCAGGAUGUACCACCUUCCGACGAUGCUGCUGUUCCUCCAAAAACGGAUGGGGUGACCAUAUCUGGAGACUUUCCAGACUCAUAUCGACUCGACAAUGAUUGUCGCCCACUCCACGAUAGCUUGGCUGCGACACUGACCCAGAACAAGCGCAUAACCCCGGGGACGCACUGGCAGGACGUGCGUCACUUGAGCUUAACUGUGCCCAACCCGGUGUCGUAUGCUCCAGGAGAUGUUAUAGCAAUCACCCCAAAAAACACUCCCGAGGAUGUCCAAAGCCUCAUUGAGAUGAUGGGCUGGCAAGAGCAAGCCGACCGUCUAGUAUCGUUAGUUCCUCGCGACAGUACUCUACCACCGGAAGAAACACCGAUUCCGCCCAUCCAUAACCUCGAAUCCCAUCCCAGGCUCACCCUACGUGAGCUACUCAUAAACUACCUCGACAUCCGAGCGAUCCCCCGGCGGUCAUUUUUCUCUUCCAUCGCCCACUAUACCACCUACGACAUGCACCAGGAGCGCCUUCUAGAAUUCACCAACCCCGAAUUCCUCGAUGAGUUCUGGGAUUACACCACAAGACCACGGCGCAGCAUUCUCGAGAUCCUACAUGAGUUCGACACUGUCAAAAUCCCCUGGCAACACGCAACAUCCGCAUUUCCGAUCUUCCGCGGGCGCCAGUUCAGCAUCGCCAGCGGCGGAGAACUGAAGCGAACGCCAGAGGGUGGCGCAAAGUUCGAACUAUUAAUCGCAAUCGUCAAGUACCGCACCGUGAUUAAGAGAAUAAGAGAGGGUGUUUGCACUAAGUAUAUCUCCAAUCUGCGGCCCGGGAGUACCCUCCGCGUCCAGCUCCAGCGAGGCGGCCUGAAUUCGUCCUUCGGCCAACUAGUUGGGCCGAUGAUGCUGAUUGGGCCUGGUACGGGCGUUGCGCCGCUGCGAUCCAUGCUUUGGGAAAAAGCUGCCAUAGUCAAGUCGUACCAGGAGGAAAACCCAGGCGUUGACCCGCCCAUCGAGCCGACGAUCCUUGUGUAUGGCGGCCGCAACAGAGCGUCGGAUUUCUUCUUCGAGGACGAGUGGCACCACUUGAGCGAGCUGAUCAAGCUUAAAGUCCUGACGGCGUUCUCGCGAGAUCAGAAGCAGAAGGUUUACGUCCAGGAUGUUAUCAAGGAGCACUCGAGCUUAGUCUUCAACCUCCUACAUGAUAAAGGUGGCGCCGUGUUUGUCUGUGGAUCGUCGGGCCGUAUGCCCCAGGCUGUGCGGGAAUCAUUAACAGAGGCGUUCCAGUCUGGAAAUGAAUCUGGCACGCAGGCUUUCAGUAGACGGGAGGCAGAAGAUCAUUUGGUUGGCAUGGAGAAGACGGGGAGGUACAAACAAGAGACGUGGAGUGAUAGCGUACACGCUCAGUUCGAACCGACGCUGAGCUCUAGGAAAUCGCUUAACGGUUUGCGGAUCCUUGUCCCUGUUAAGAGGGUCAUUGACUAUGCGAUCAAACCCCGAAUCAACAAGGCCCAGACCGGCGUUGAGACCGCUGGUGUCAAGCACUCCCUCAACCCAUUCGACGAGCUCUCCGUCGAGGAAGCCGUGCGUCUCCGCGAACGCAAGGGCCCCCUAAAGGUCGACAAUAUCCUUGCCCUCUCUGCCGGCGGACCGAAAUGCGCCGACACCCUUCGCACUGCGAUGGCCAUGGGCGCCGACCGUGCUUUCCACAUUGAUGUACCCGACAGCAACGACGGCGGCCUGGAGCCGCUGACCGUUGCCAAGACACUGCGUGCUGUGGUGGAGAAGGAGAACAUCAACUUGGUGCUGCUUGGAAAGCAGGCCAUUGACGGUGACCAGGGGCAGACGGGUCAGAUGCUGGCGGGUCUUCUGGGCUGGCCGCAGGCGACACAAGCCAGCAAGGUUGACAUUAAGGAUGAGCAGGGGACUGUUGAGAUUACGCACGAAGUUGAUGGCGGUGUUGAGACGCUCAAGGCUAAGCUGCCGCUGAUUAUCACGACUGAUCUGCGACUGAACGAGCCGCGGUAUGCGAGUCUGCCUAACAUCAUGAAGGCGAAGAAGAAGCCUCUGGAGAAGAAGACGCUGGCGGACUUUGGUGUAGAGGAUAAGAAGCGCCUGAAGACCUUGAAGGUUACGGAACCCCCGACCCGACAGGGUGGCGGCAAGGUCGAGGAUGUCGAUGGCCUGAUCGGAAAGCUGAAGGAGCUCGGAGCUCUGUGAGCAGCUCUGUGAUGGACACGAUACUGUUGAUUUAUGAUUAGUUAGCUAGACGAAGUUAUUUACUUUUAUUUCUGACGCUUCUACAAGCGUGACUGGAGGCUAGAUCUUGUACACAUCGUUCUGUUCUCGUUUUAUGUCAGUCUAAAUAAGCCAAGUACACAAUGAACUUCGCAUAUACUACCAUUGC